GAUCCAAGUUAGGAGCGUUCAGCUGCCAGCCUUGGCCCAUCAUGUAAGUGCCGACGAGAAUUCUUUGCAGCGCAAUUGCAAAUUUACCCGUUUUCUAGAUAGUUUUGUUGGCUGUGCAAUUCUAACAUUGACCUUUGGGUGGACACACACGGUCCAGACGACAAAAGGCUCCAAGUGCAUGAAGAUCGAGGCUUGUAUUUUGCAUCUUUGUUGCAAAGCAAGCCGCUGAAGCUCCAGCGCGAGGGCGAUGGAGGGAGGGAGUGAGAAAGAAGGCAAAGUCUUUUGUGAUUCCCCUCCCCCUCAUCAAAGCAAAGGGGAAAUGUCUCAGCCGAAGGGAGUUAGGAAGAAGGUGGGACUGAAGCUCCCCAAGGAGGUGUUUCAUCCCCCUCCUGCUGCAGCGCCCCCGAGGGAUUUGGAUUCGAAAGCCUGUGUGACCAUCGGAGAAAAGAAGUUUGUGCUGAAGGCGGAUGACCUGGAGCAGAUUGGCGAGCUGGGGAGAGGGGCGUACGGGGUGGUGGACAAGAUGAGGCACGUGCCCAGCGGCCUGAUCAUGGCCGUCAAGAGGAUCCGGGCCACGGUGAACACCCAGGAGCAGAAGAGGCUGCUGAUGGACCUAGACAUCUCGAUGAGGACCGUCGACUGCUUGUACACCGUCACCUUCUACGGAGCGCUGUUCAGAGAGGGUGACGUGUGGAUCUGCAUGGAGUUGAUGGAUACUUCUCUGGAUAAGUUCUACAAGCAGGUGAUGGAGAAGGAUCUUGCUAUCCCCGAGGACAUCCUGGGCAAGAUGGCCGUGUCUAUAGUAAAGGCUCUGGAACACCUGCACAGCAACCUGUCGGUCAUCCACAGAGACGUGAAGCCCUCCAACGUGCUGAUCAACACCCAAGGCCAGGUGAAGAUGUGUGACUUUGGGAUCAGUGGUUACCUGGUCGACUCUGUGGCCAAGACCAUGGACGCCGGCUGCAAGCCCUACAUGGCCCCUGAGAGGAUAAACCCAGAGACCAAUCAGAAGGGCUACAACGUCAAGUCGGACAUCUGGAGUUUAGGAAUCACAAUGAUCGAGCUGGCCAUCCUGCACUUCCCCUAUGACUCCUGGGGCACACCCUUCCAGCAACUCAAACAGGUGGUGGAAGAACCGUCCCCACAGCUGCCCACGGACAAGUUCUCCCCGGAGUUUGUGGACUUCACCUCCCUGUGCUUAAAGAAAAACUCCAAAGAACGGCCAAACUACACGGAACUCAUGCAACACCCCUUCUUCACCUCACACGAGUCCAAAGAAACUGACGUGGCGAGUUUUGUCAAGGUCACCCUCGGGGACUGAAGGUCACCCUCGGGGACUGAAGCUCCGCCCCCUCGAGCUACGCUCCGGCUGACCCGCAAAAGAAGAAGGAGCACCAUCUGCAACCCUGCUACCUGUGGGCCCCCGCCCCACCCCUUUAGC